AUGGAAAUGAAAAUUGGUUCGAUAAAGCUGAAACAAAAAGUUCAAAUAUUCUUUAUAACGUUUAUUGCAAUACUAUUAUUAACGCGAGCGUACGUCUUUCAAGAUAUUUCAGAUGAAGAAAUUCUUCCAUCAUCAACACAUAAUCUCAAUAUUACAGUUGAAUUUCCUCUUGAUGCUUAUUAUGUGGAACCGUUUAAGCAUCCCCAGGUCUCUAACUCCACAAAAAAUAAAUACGAUAUUAUAGUAAUUACAGGAGCAAGUAACAAUCAUUUUUGUCCCAUGAAAAGUUUAAUAUAUCGAUUAAAAGCACUAGGUUUAAAAAAUGUAGGAAUUGUUGCAUAUGAUUUGGGAUUUGAAAAGAAAAAUCGGAAAAAUUUUAUUCAUUUAGCAAAACUUGGUUAUGUAACAGAAUUUCGAGUUUUUAAUUUUUCGGCUUAUCCAUCAUUUUGGGAUUUAACUUUAAGAAAAAAUAAAAAAAAUAAAGGUGAAUAUGCUUGGAAAGUUGGAAUGAUUGCUGAAGUAGCACGUGAUUAUCCCGGUAAAAUAUUGGUUUGGAUGGAUGCGGGUAAUGUGGGAAGUGAAAAAUAUUUUACACAUUUAAAAGAUUGGAUGCCCGAAUUUCAUGGAUUUAUUUCACCUAAUUCCCCUGGUCAAGCAAAAGAAUGGAUACAUCCUGGAGUUUAUGAUUAUUUUAAUGAUAAUCAUACAUUAUAUGAUGAAUUAAAUAAUUGUAAUGCUGCUUCAUUAGCAUUUGAUACAAAAAUUAGUCAAAUUAUAAUUGAUGAUUGGUAUAAAUGUGCAUUAAAUAAAGAAUGUAUAGCACCACCUGGUAGUAGUAGAAAAAAUCAUCGUCAAGAUCAAGCUCUAAUUACUUAUUUAGUUGCUAGAAGAGGAAUUUCUUGUAGAACAAAUAGGAGUUCACUUGGUGUUACAACCCAUAGAGAUCAUCUUUGUAAAGAGUAUAAUGAAAAAUAUGAAGAAAAGAAUCGGAAGAGUUUAGGGACGUAA